AUGACUACUACUGAUUCAUCCGGAGGAAAUCCAUUUUUAAUGAGUGCAGGCCCUUAAAACAAUAAUUCAUCCAGGCUUGGUCCCAAAAAAGUCUGGUUAUUUGAGAAACUUCCACCAUUAUAAGCUGGACUAGUCAUGAAAUCAGAAAUAGGUUCGAACUUCGCAAAUAAUUUGAAUUAGUAACUGCUUUUAAAGAAAAUACAAAGAAAUCAAGAAGGCCAAAUUGGAAUUAACAUAGUUUCAAGAUAACAAUAAGAAGCUCUCUCAUCUGAAAACAAAACUAGCACUGGAAUAUCUGAAUAGUAGGAACUAGAGAUACUACUUUAAAAUGUCAAACCAGUAUUGAGAAAAAAUAUGUAUCACCAGGGAAAUAACGUAAUACUAAUGUUUAAAUCUGUUGAAAUAUACCUUAUCGAUUCAGAUUCAGAGAAACCAAAGAUUAACACACCUAUAUACAUCCCAGCACAAUUACUAAGAGAUGUCAUUCAUUUGCCUAAAUCUUUGUUUGAAACUACGAUAAUGGGAAAUAUUCAUUUCGAUCAGAGUUCAGGAUAGUUUGUAUACAAAGUAAUGGACCGUAAAAGAUAAUAAUAAAAAAGUCCUAUCAAAAAGAUCAUUCCUCGGGCAAGAUCAGAGGAAAGAUCUUUCUUAUCACCUCUCUAAUAAUCAGCAAACAAGAAAAAAUCUAAUAGCGAAGGAAAAGGACUACCAGACUUUGUUUACUCCAGUAUAUACAUCUAACAGCUAAAUAAAGAUUUUAAGGUCUGCAUCAAACUCCCUUCAAUAGAAUAUAGUAUUCCUUCAAAGCAUAUUAUGGCAUAAAAGAUCUUAUAAAACUGUGAACUUCAAGAGUAUUUGGACUCAGCUUUUCAAUCAUGGGAUGAUAUUGUAAUAAGAUAGUUUUAUCAAUAUUCUAAAUUCACUGAGAUAGUGACAGGAAAUCCAGGAAAAUCUAAGAAUAUUCUCUUGGGAAGUAGUUAUGGGAAAAAUUCUCUGGUAAGAAAUCAAUCUAAUUAGCCAGAUAGUAAUAGUAAUAAUAAUGAUGAAACAAAUUAAGAAAAAGACAUUGAGAUUAUACUUUUUUCCUCAUAAGAUGACCAAGAAUUGUAAAGAUUUAAGUCUAAUAAAGAGUUUUAAUAAAUCAAGAUUAUAAGAUCAAAGCCAUCAUUGCAAGGAUGUUUUGAAAGAGAUGGUAUGGUGGGGAAAAUAAAGCUUAAAAAUUUUAAUCUUAAAAUCAAAGGGUUACAAACAUCUUACGAAUAUAAAGAAAGCCUUCAGCUUUCAAGUUGGAAAAAUUUAAUAAAAUUCAUGAAAAAGGCAAUUAAAAAAGAACCUGAAAAUCCCUAGCAGAUUAUAUAGACAAUUGGAAAUGAAUUUUUAAAAAAGGUUGAGACUAGUGGUUACCUAAUUGAUUAGCCUUAGAUGCUGAGCAAUUUUUGUUAAGGCUCAUAUUCUAAAGAAGUUUCUGAUUAGAAAGAUAAAGAAAAAAGUAAGGAUAAGAAAGAUAAGAAUCAUCAAAGGUCUAGAAGCCUAACUGAGAAGUUCAUCUUACAAAAGAACCUUCAAACCUAUUUCAGCUUGUAGAAAAGAAGUAAGAUUUUCUAAACAAAAAUAAGUGGAGAUCGAUAUCUAAUAGAGUUAGAGUAAGUACAAUUUAAUUUGCUAAUUUCUUUUAGAUUCCCAUAAGCUAAAUUAAUUUUGGAAGGUCAAGAAGUAAAUAGACCUUUAAAUGAGGAUGAUUGCGAAUAUUUAAUAGAGAAGAAUUUCUAAGACUGGAAGAAAUACCUGAUGAACUAGCAUUUCAGAUUGGAACUAAAUAUAGGUAGCAAUGAGCCUCUUCCGAGAAUCAAAGAAUAAAAAAGAGAGGAUGAAGAUGUAUUUUCUGAGGGAGAUUUCAGAAAGAGAUAUCCCCCUAAGAAUGAUGAUGAGAAAAAAGAAUUAUUAGAUACUAGAGACAAAGUUUCAACUUGGUUCCCUAUUUGA